CUGCUGCCUACUGCCUGACGUUGCUUGCGUAUCCAUUCAAAUCGCGGCAUAUAUUCAAUUCAGUUUGUCUUUGUCGUUCGUUGCGGUCGUUACGUUACGUUGAAACACUGGAAUAGGCCAAAUUAUCCAAGCAUAGAAAGAAAGAAGGCAAGAAAUACAUAUAAAGAAGCCACGUCAAAAGGCCAAUGGAAAAUUUGAGCUUUUCAAGAAGUAGAUUAAUUAAAAAUUAAAUAAAAACUGGUUGGAGAUUCACGCUCCCCCCCCAGCCAGUUCGAGAGAGAGAGGUAAUUAGACGCUGGCGUUAGCAACGACGAAGACAAAGUGAAGUUUUGAAAUUGAAAAAAUACCGAAAGACUGUUUCACAAAUUGUAAAUAAUUGUUGUGCCGUCAAGAAAGCCGUCAAAUAAAUAAAAUAAAGAAGUACUUUUGGCAGCGCUUUUUCUUAUACUGAAAUUGAAAAAAAUCAAAAAAUCAACCAUCCAUUGUAGCGCAAACAAUACGACUAAGCAACAGAGAUUAAAAGGAUAACAGACGGAUAGUAUUUAUACCUAGUAGCAUACACACAUACAUAGUUGAUGUGCGUAAUUUAAAAUUAUUCCAAGCCCAAUAAAAGUGUAUGUGCAGCAGUGUACUUUUGUUAAGAGAAAUCUUACAACUACAAAUUUAAAUAAUUUAGAUAAUUCUAAAAGAUCCUAAAUCAACUUGAAAGUUUCACAAACAUAUCCUUAGCGAAGAAAAAUUAUUAAUUCUAAAGUUAAACACCAGUGUCGCAAAACUAAUUAUCCGACCGACCAACCAACCAACCAGCCAAAUAACAACCAAAUCACACACUCUAGUGUUCUUUGCAAUCCAAUUAACCCCAACUGCGUUUUUGUGUAUGUAUUCAUUUGCGUGUAUGUGUGUGUGCAUUUGUGUGUAUAUAAACGCCACCGCCACACGAUAUCAAUAUAAAAUCAACGCCCAAAGCAUCUCAACAGGCAACAACACUGUUAAUUUUGUUUCACACGAAUUCUCCGAUAGCUGCCCACACACGCACUAAAACAACAUCAAUAAGCAACAACAGUCAACAACAGGCAUCAGUGCUAUCUACAGAGCGCCAUAUCUCGUCAGUGUCAGCGUCAGCGACUGGUGUAAAUCAAUCCCAAGUCACGUUUAAAAUCAAUAAAUUUCUUAGUUUACUUAGUCAGUCGGUGGCCACCGCCUUCGUCGCUCCAGUGUCAGUGAGGUAGUCAGCCGUCACCAUGUUGAUUGGAUUAGUGCGCGACUCUGUAAUGCAGUGCUUCUGCCAUACAUGCCGGGCUCCCAUUUUGCCAGCUGCCACUGAAAUUCGUUGCCAGGAGAAAUCGCGUGGUGGCCUCAGCUAUGAAGUAAUUUUAGCCGAACCAGCACCUAAUGUCGUGGUGCCCAAACGGCCAGUGACACCUGGCAAAAAUGUCUCAGCCGAGGAAAUCGAACAAAAGCUGAAAGCUGCCGAGGAACGACGCAUUUCUUUGGAGCAAAAGAAAAUGGCCGAUUUAUCCUAUAAACUAUCGAAAAUUGAAGAAGCCACACGCAAAAAGGAUGAAAUUACCAAUGAGUUUAUUAAUCAGACCAAGGAAAAGUUGGAGACUAAAAUCGAGCAGCAUGUUGAAAAGCGCGAGGCCAUUAUUAGCGACAUGAAAGAGAAAUUGAAGAUUCACUCACAAGAAGUCGAGAAGACACGUGAACAGUUGGAACAACAAAAAUCGAUUGAGAAAGUGGCCAUAGAGGAGAAAUUGAAGACAGCUCAGACUUUGCGAGAUGAGAACAUUAAAAAGAUGUUGGAGCGCCUCAAGGAGCAUAACACAAACAAAAAAAAUCAUAUCGACCAAUUGGAAACACAAAAACUCGAGGAGAAGACCCGCAUUAUUGAAAAUAAAUUGUACACCGCUGAGCAAAAUCGCGAAAAGGAGUUACAAAAGAAAAUUGAAAAAGCUCAAAAACUUGAACGUCGCGCAGAAUUGGUGCGCCAAAACAAGGCGGCAGCCCAGCAGACGAUUUGUGAUGAUACCAACACAGCUAUUGCCUCAUCCGGUUAGAGCGAAUAACAACAAACAAAACAACCACAAUAAUAUUUAUAAAAAAAAAAAAAAACAGCACACACACACACAUACAUAACAAACAUAGCAAACAACCAGAUUAAAAACAAAAUAAAAUAGCAGCAUCAACAACACUAGAAGUGUAAAAAAUGGUUGAGGAGCUUUGCAAAGAUGAAAAAUAUGUGAGCGGUGAAGAAAUGUAAACAGGCAUGACCAUUAAAAAAUUGCGUAGAUUAAGUCUCAACACAUACAUAUGCAAUAUUGCAAAAGCAGCAGGGCAAAGGAAAACGCUAAAGCAAUUUUGAAACGAAGCCAGCCGUUGCACAACUUACAUGAAUGAACUUUAAAAUAUGCAAAUAAAAGAAAGGAGGAUAAAUAAAACACAAAAAAA